CAGUGGAUCUGUUGGCAGUCUUGCAUACUGCAGCUGAGCGCAGAAGGAUUGGAUUUAUCGCACUAGGGGGAACAGUAGGUAUCCAGGAUAUACCAUGCAAGUGGUAAACACAAAGGGAGGGUUAUCUGCUGCUGCUGCCCCAGUCAGUACUUGACUGAGAGAGAGACAGACAGAGAGAGAAAGAGAGAAGAAAUGGAGGCAUCCAGCCAGCUACUAAGUCUUGACCAAAAGAAGGAGGAAGAUGUUGGGACUAGCUUGUUUCACUGCCAUAUGAAGCAAAGAAGGCUUUUUAAUCCUCAAGAGGAGAUGAAGUUCCUGUUACACCGGUUGAUAGUCAUCGCCAGCCUCCCCCAGCAACUCGCAGACAGGAAAGACCUGGGAGUACACUACGAAGAACUGAACCAGCGCUUGCAGAGGUAUUACCAAGGUGAUGCUAUCACAGGCCUGCUUUUGCUGUACCCAACCUGCAUGCUUCAUGUCAUUGAGUCCUCCAGCGAGGUUCUUGUGUCUCUGCUGCAGGAUCUGAGGGACAUGCAGGAACGGCCACACUGUGUCCUGAUUGAGGCGCCCAGGGUCCUGGUGAUGUCACAUGACCUUCCCAGCAGGUUGUUCCAGCAGUGGAGCUACAAGGUGCUUAAUGUGCAGGCCAGGGUGGGUGGGAUGCUGAGUAGAGACGGGUCAGAGGAGGAGGAGGAGGAGGACACAGACACACUGGUCAGCACCGCCCUGUCUAUGCUGCUCAAGCUGGGGAAUCACCUCCUCAAAGCCACCAAGGGUUCAAAGAUGCCCCCGGGCUCUGUUCUGGAUGAAGUACCAGAGAUGAUAGUCCCCCAGGAUAUCCUGGUUCAGCUCCUGUCCAGAGGAGACCUUCUGAGCCCCCAGCAGUACCUGCAGGCCUACCACACCCCUCUCCACAUCCUCAUGGACUCUGGGCACGUGUUUGGAAGCAGUCAGCUAACUACAGUUUAGUGUUUGGCCAAAAGGUCAAAGAGCGUACUUGGCCUCCACCUGAGCAACUUCGAUGUGAAUUCUGACUUCUGAUGUGAUACAACUAGACAUUUGAAUGUGCUUCCUACUCAAUCUGUUUUCAGGGUUCAUGCCUGGUUAUUUGUAUGUGUUAUUGAGAACUGCCAUUCAUCUGAACUGUGUGAAACAUUCAACUCUAAAUAAUUGUCCUUGCUCCAACAAUGGAUACUACAUAACAAGAUACAUUGUUUAAUACUGUAGUGUUAAAAUACACAGGGACUGCAGGGUAGGUUUGGUUGUAUAUUGCAAAUAUUUCAUAAAUAUUACUGAACGUGAA